AUGCCUGUCUUAUCUGACUCAGUUAGAGCAAGAAGUUUGUUACGGGCUAACUUAGAAAAACCUAGUGUUAUAUUAAGAAGCAGAAUGCCGAACAUCAAAAUAUUCAGUGGCUCUUCUCAUCCCGAUUUAGCACAAAGGAUAGUCGAUCGUUUGGGUAUCGAUUUAGGAAAAGUUGUGACUAAAAAGUUUAGUAAUUUGGAAACAUGCGUAGAGAUUGGAGAAUCAGUUCGUGGAGAAGAUGUUUACAUCAUUCAAGCAGGUAGCGGUGAAAUAAAUGAUAAUCUUAUGGAAAUGUUAAUUAUGAUAAAUGCAUGUAAAAUUGCAUCAGCAUCAAGGGUAACAGCUGUUAUUCCUUGUUUUCCUUAUGCAAGACAAGAUAAAAAAGAUAAGUCUCGAGCUCCCAUUUCCGCCAAACUUGUCGCCAACAUGUUGUCCGUGGCAGGAGCGGAUCACAUAAUAACGAUGGAUUUGCACGCGAGUCAAAUCCAAGGAUUUUUCGACAUACCCGUUGAUAAUUUGUACGCGGAACCCGCCGUUUUGAAAUGGAUAAAGGAAAACAUACCCGAAUGGAAAAAUUCGAUAAUCGUGUCGCCAGACGCGGGAGGAGCCAAAAGGGUGACGUCGAUAGCGGAUCGAUUAAACGUAGAAUUUGCAUUGAUUCACAAAGAGAGGAAAAAAGCAAACGAAGUUGCUUCGAUGGUUUUAGUCGGAGAUGUUAAAGACAGAGUCGCCAUAUUGGUCGACGACAUGGCGGACACGUGCGGUACGAUUUGUCACGCUGCGGAAAAGCUUUUGGAAGCCGGAGCUACGAAAGUCUACGCCAUAUUAACACACGGUAUAUUUUCCGGACCUGCCAUAUCUAGAAUAAACAAUGCUUGUUUCGAAGCCGUCGUCGUCACGAAUACGAUUCCUCAAGAUGGCCACAUGAAAGACUGUCCGAAAAUACAGGUUCGAACACUAUAG